UCUAGUGACCUAAAAUCACCAAGCCCUAGAACGCAGGCGAUGCGCGCUAGAAUGUGGAGGUAGGGCUCGAUCGAUCGCGGUCUCGCAUGGAUCUAGGUAUGGACGCUCACCGGAGCAGCAGCGCCGUGGCCGGCGCCAGCGGCGCCAGCAGCUAUGGCGCGCAAUUCCUCUUCAACCUCAAUCUCUUCCCGCGAUCGCUGUCGACCGUGCUCGAGGUCUCCGGAUUGAUCCCUGGCAGGUCUCACUCCUCCUCGCAGCUGGAUUCCGGGAGCUUAGUCCGCAGUAGUGGUAGCAGCGAUAGAUUAGUCGGCGGUGGGGGUGGUGGUGGCAGCGGCGAGGUAGCGAUUAGAAUUAUCGGCGAGGACGAGGAGAUUAGAAUAGCGCCGAGCUCUUCCUCUUCUUCUUCCUCUUCUAGAGGAUUGAGUGGAGAGAAUGGCUCGAGUACUUCGUUAGUGAUAGGUGGUGGUGAUGAGGAGCUGGGUGGUUCUCCACGAUUCAACGUUGGUGGAGAGGUUGCCGGUGGUGAUCCUAGUUCCAGGGAGGCGCCCGCUGCGACGACUACCACUACGCAAAGAUAUGACUUCCAGCCACUUGCGAGAUGGUUGGAAAACGUAUUGCCUUUUACGGUCCUUUUGCUCUUCGUUUUCAUUCGUCAACAUCUGGAAGGUAUAGCGGUCACGGUUGGUCUCACUGCCGUGAUGAUCAGAGCGAAUGUUGUUCUUCGCAGGCAAACAGCACUGAAGGGUGAACGGAAGAAACUUAUGACAGCGGCUGUGGGCAUCGUGUUGGUAUGUCAUAUAGUUCUAGUGUAUUCGUGGUAUACCAGCGAGGCCAUUUGGAAGCCAUUGCUGCUGCUUCCGCCGCGGAAGAUUCCAAAGUUUUGGGAGGCCAUUUUCACAAUCGUGGUGAAUGAUGUAAUGGUGCGGCAGGCGGGAAUGGCUGUCAAGUGCGUGCUUCUUUUGACAUGUAAGAGCACCAGGGGGCGUCAUUUUCGCAAACAGGGCCAACUCCUAACAGCGGUGGAGUAUCUUUUGCUCCUGGUCCGAGCUUUGAUACCCGGACCAGUUUGGUACCGGUUCUUUCUCAACAAAGAGUACGGCAACGUGUUCUCCUCGCUGACAACGGGUCUAUACCUCACUUUCAAGUUAACUUCAGUGUUCUCGAAGGUACGAGAGUUUAUCGGGGCAGUGGGUCUUGUCACUCGUUGCGAAGUACAAUACGGGAGCGCUGCCAGUUCGGAUGAGGUCCUUGCAGCCGGGGACAUGUGUGCGAUUUGCCAGGAGAAGAUGCAUUCCCCGAUAUCUCUCCGGUGCAAGCAUAUAUUUUGCGAGGACUGCGUUUCGGAAUGGUUUGAAAGAGAGAGAACUUGCCCCCUGUGCCGAGCAGUGGUCAAGUCCGCAAACUUUCGAUCAUUCGCGGAUGGCAGAACCAGCCUCCUCCCUCAAAUUUUCUAACGUAUGUAAAUAUCAAAUCAUAUUUUCUAAUCGUGCACGCUACUGUCGUUCGUGGCAGCGAAUCCAAAACUCUGAUUGGGGGCUUUGGCACGAAUCAAACGAGCUUUAGCAUUGAGACUGGGAUCAAACACAAGCCUUGCUCUUGUAAAUUGCAUCGCCACUUGGACUCGAAUAUCUGCGAGACGAGUGGACAAAUCUCUAGCGGAGGUUUGCAAUUGAUUUGUUUACCUGGAUUUUCCUCUGCAAAAAGUGUACGUAUUCGAUCGCUUUGUC